AAAUAAAACCCAAAGAUAAUAGGAAAUGCAAAAAAUCUCAAGUAUAAAUUCUUCUUUUCUCUGUCAUUUCCAACAUUAUUUCUGCUGAAUCCAUUCUCCCGGCGACAAUAGCUUCUCCCACCGCAUAAUCGCCGUUGCGCCACCGAAUUUCCGGUAUUGUUGACGACGGCGAAACCAUCAACUUCCGGCAGCGUUGACUGUUGUCUCGGAGUAUUUCUCUUCACCGCAAAGAUAAGGGAUUCCAAGGAGGAUGUAGAGGUGCAGCCAUAUGUUUCCAUCCAACAUUCUUCUCAUAGAGCCAAGGAGGCUUUGAUUUCCUUCAAAGUAUCUGAAGCUUGGGAGCAAGCUGUGGUAGUUUCACCCUUAAACCCCUGUAAUCGUGCUGUGGGAUCAAUAUCUAUUCAGCAACCUGUGGUCAUAUAAUCCCUUAAUCCUUCCGAGCCUGCUAUGGGGAACCCAGGGGAUGCUGUUAUGCUGAAAAUUUCUGAAGAUUCUGUAGCUCAGCCUGGUGAAAAAGCAGCUACAAUGGUGAAGUUUCAAGGUGUAGAUAUCCGGCCUGAUCUCCUGCCUAUAUUGCAAAAGGUUUGGGAGAAGUAUGAGGAUGUUGAAGGGAGCAGACUACAAAGUUGUGACAUUAAAGCAGCAGCAUUGGAGUCUCUGGCAAAAAUGAUUGUAAUUCUCCAAACUAACAACAUGGAGUCUUUAACUGACGACCAAGCUAAUUAUCUUGCUUCAACCAUGUCUGAUUUGCAAUUCAUGCAGUUAAAAGUAGAUUGGUUAGUUCCCUUUGUUGAAAAGGCUUUAUCUCUACAAAAACAAAAGCAUUUGGAGACCAUUAUGUUAGAGCUCGGGUUGAAGAGAUGAAGCUUAAGUUUUUUGAACAUAUUUCUGAAGUAGAGCAAGAACUCGAUGAGAACAUAAAGCUUGUUUCUGAUAACAUGCUGAUAUCUGGGCCAAUAGACCCAGAGGAAUGGCUUGGGGAGGGACUGUGCUGAUUACUGCUAAUUGCUUUGUGGAUUGUAAUUCCAUAGGAUGCAUGUGAUAUUUUGUAGACAUGUAGUAGAAGCAGUUGCGGUGAUGCUUCUGUACAGUUGUUUAACUGUUGGGUUUUUAAUCCCUUUGCUCUUGUUGAAUUGGUUAAACUUUUAUGUAGCCCUGAAUUUCAAACGCCAAAGAGUGCUUAUUCCUGUUGCAUUGGUCCAAA